GCAACAAUAGUAUAGUCCAAACAGUAAUGGCGGACAAAAUACCGAAGAAAGUCCUGCUAGUAGAAGAAAACACGUUUUGACUAUUUUCUCGGGUACGUACUGAAGUUAGAUGUCCUGAGGAGGCGUGAGUGAUGGAGGUGGAGGAGAUCUGUCCUCCCAUCAGCCAGCUGGAGGAGCCGGCCCGGGGAGAGGUGCAGUGUGAUGUGGAGGGGUGUGGCCAGACUGUGGCCAACCAAUCAGCUCUCAGCAUGCACAUGGCCAAGAGACAUGGCUUAUCAAGGUCCAUGGACAAGGAUUUAGCACCCUUCCCUAAAGGGAAGAAGAAGAAGAAGAUAACAAAGCACUUCUACUGCCCUUUACCUGACUGUGAGCGGAGGUUAGGCAGUGGGAGACCGUUCACCUCCAUGUUCCUCAUCAGACAGCAUUAUGCCCGCAUGCAUGCAGAGAAGAAAUUGCACUGCACAAAGUGUGGGUUUGGCUUUGCCUUCAAGAAAGACCUGAAGAGACAUGAGAAGACAUGUGGUCAGAUCUGGCACUGCAGCUGUGGCUGUCCCUACACCACCAUGGAGGCUCUGGAGACACACGCUGCCAGGAAGGGGCACUCUCUUCCAGACGAGUUACUGAAGAAGGACCACUCUAAAGUAAAUAAUGCCAAGAGAAAGUCUCACUCUAUCCCUCAGUCACAACCUGUCAAGGUCAUUGUAAUCCUGCCCAAUCAGGCGCAAGGUACACAUCCUCCUACUGCAGCUUCGCUACAGGCACAGCCAUUGGUCCAUCCAUCAGACCAAUCAGGCGGUGUGACUCGGUCAGAGCCUGCUUUCAUUGGACAGCAUAAUACACCAUCAUGCAAUCAAUCAGAAAGUCAUCAUCAACGGCAACCAGUUUGCCACACCCCAUUUUCUUCUGAAAACAGGAGUCAGUCGCCAUGUACAAAGGUUUCAUUGUUACAGCACAGAAAUAUCUCUUCCAAAAUAGAACAGAAAGACAAAGUCGUUGCAGCUACUAAGAUAAGAAGGUAUGUCCAAAUACUACCAAAGCCCAGGGUACCUUCCCUAGCCCCUUAUGCUGUGUCUGGCACUAAUAAGUCAUCACAAAAUUCAUCAACAUCUGUGAGAUGUGAGACAGCAGUGCAGGCCACUACUACAUCUGUGUGUGAAGUAGGGAUACAAACGGCUGCACCGAGCUACAUCAAGAGAAGACAGAGGAUCGCCAGACAGAAGGAAAACAAGGUGGUGGACACUCGAGAUGAGGGCACUCAAACGGCAGGCAGAAAAAGAACAUCCGAGAAACUUGUUACUCAGAAUGUACAAACUGACUGCAUUCCCCUCAGUACACAGAUAGCCAGCAGACGGUUGGAGAACCUCGUCACUCAAAAUGUCCAGACAGACUCUAUUCCUCUGGACACACACAGCGCCUCCAGAAGACUUGAAAAGCUUGUCACCCAAACUAUUCAAACAGACAGCCACCCCUUGCACAUACUGCCUGCGGUGCAGACGUCACAAACAGACUUGUUUGCACAACGGUCGUCCACAGCCGUCCAGGCGCAGCUAAGCCCUCCAAUAUUGAGGGGUGUUUCAAAUGCGUGGAUGCAGGUGGGAACACCCCUGAACUACACCACCAAUGUGCAGACGCAGACGUCGCGCCCACAGAACUGUCACACGCAGACCCCGUACCUACAGAACCCACACUCUGCAAUUCUGUCCAACACAAGAGAUAGUUUUGGGUUCCCGGGACAGGUUGGUGGGUUCCACAGGGAACAGUUCCCCAUGCAACAGCAACAACAGCCGAUUUCGCAGGCGUGGCUGACCGUCCCGAGUCUCACCAACCCUGUGGUCUCACAAAUGUCCAACAUGGGGGAUGGAAACGUCCUGCUGCCUUCCUUCAUUCAAAGCAUACCUAACUCCUCCGACAGCUUCCUGAACGGAGGUACACAGACUGAUGCAAUGUUCCAGGAGGCGGGAUCCCUGUCCAGUGCCCAGACUCAAACCUUGCCCCUCUUUUCUGACAUUGAAGCCAUGAUCUUUGAGCAUACCUCCACGCAAACACUCGAGUCCAGUAGUAUCGGCAUCGACAGCAGCAAUGGAGCAGACAUGUCCUCUGUUGAGUUCUCCAGCAUGGAGACUCAGACGACUGACCUUGACUUUGACUUUGAAGACUUUCUCCUCUUGAAUGACAGUCAGACUCAGACAAACCUGUCGUUUGCCUACCAGGACAUGGAGCCGUUACAUUCGUACACACAGACAGACCCAGAGUUUAACCUACAUGACUUGUUGAUGUCCCAGCCAGCAGAUCUGCCCCCACCACAGUUGUCCUCCACACACACACAGACCAUACAGAACACUGCUGACAACUUCCUGUCUAACAUGCAGACACAGAAAACAGCUAACAAUGGCUUCCUGUUCCCUGAGCUGGAGCUCAUGGACAUGGAGACUCAGGCAGGCUCCAGUUUUGUGGGUGGGGGGUCCGGAAACGCUCAGACUCAGACCACCAUGGACAGCGAGCAAGUCAACACACAGACACAAACGUUGUUAUCUGAGUUUGGAUUUUUACAGUAACUCAUUAGGAAACAAAUAAAAGAUAUGUUAAUGUGAGAAGAUACCAGGAAGGAAACAAUUAGAAGAAUGUGCAAUGAUUAUUAAGGUAACAAAUAAAAGAUUGGUCUUUUUUUUAUAGGUAAGUCCUCUGGAAUGUUGGUAGAUGUUAUUAUAUUAUUGAGAUGUCUAUGCUGCUAUAUAGAUCUUUAAAAAAAAGUUUCUACUAUAGUUAACAGUAAGGUCUAGGAAAAAAUGUUGUUUCCAGUUACCAGACCGACCCUAACAAAAACCUGCCAACCCCAGCCUUUUUUCUGCUGUGAACGGCUGUCAAGGGAAAGCAUUUUUGAUUCUUAUAUCUGGAUGAUGAAAACAUUAUAGAAUGGGUUUUCAACAUGUUCUCAUCAUUCAUUUCUGUUGUUGUAGAGAAAGUGAAAUAUAAACAGACCCAACAAGCCUGCAACUGUACGUCCUUGUCUAUUUAAUUGAAAUAUGAAUAAACUAGGCUAUCACACUAGUGUCACAAGAAUAAAACACUGGAAGGCUGUGAUAU